CCGGCUACAAGCAUCCCAGUGGGACUGCGGACUGCGGUCCUUCCGGAUUUUUGAGUUUUUUUAAUCGCUUCGAUCGUGGCGAUGUGUGGACGAGGAAUGUGACCCCCGGCCCGAAAAGGAAGGAUGGAGCUGUCGCGCUGUAGGAUCAGGCGCACCGGAUGCAAUGCCCUGAGAAGCUGUUUCUAUUGCACCGUGGGCCUCAUCUGGGCGGACGGCGACUGCGUUUUCAUCACACCGCUGCAGCCGCCCAAGAACUCGUCGACCAGUCAUCACCAGGUCCACUUCUGCCGUCAUCAGGUGCUCGGCUUGUUCAGGACGGUGCACGGCCUGUGCUACAGCAGCCCCAAGAAAUGGCCCCCGCUGAUCAGCGUGGUGGCCGAGCGGGUGGACGACGGCUCCCUGGAGCUCUCCAUCUGGCGCAUGAACACGGCCGUCCAGUGUGUCUCCUUCUCCAAGUGGGCCAUCCUGGCUUUGCCCCAGCUGCCCGUCCUGCAAGGGUGUCUUUGGCACCCCGAACGAGAUGUCUUCUGCUUGGUGUUCAAAGACUCAGCACGCAUCUACGUGGUCAACGAGGACAGCUCAGAGCUUCAGGAGGUCAAGACCAUCACUCCAUUUGCUGGGUCUCGGUUUGUGUGUGGUACCUGGAGCAAAAAUGGCAAGAGGCUUAUCUUGGCGACGGAGUCAACUCUUAUGUUUUACAGCAUACCAUGUUCCGACAUCGAGCAGACGGAAAUGGAGGUCAUUCUCGGACUGGAAAGGGUGUGCUGUAUCGAGGGACUGGACGGGGACCGGUUUGUGUGCACGGUGGAGCUUCCCCUGGACAGCAUGGUAGUGAGGAGCCGCUCGGAGCGCUACCUCAUGGACCAGACUCGGGGGCCCCUGGAGACCCUGCUCAACAUCCAUGCGGCCACUGAGGGUCCACUGGAAGGCAGCUCGCAGCUGUUUCUACUACAGUGGAACCCGGACACGGACAAGCCAGAAGUCCGAAGCUGGGACGAGCUUUAUGGCAUCCUCUCACCUGACCUCUUGGCUGUCGAGCCUUCAUCGAACCUCAUCGUGGUCGGGAGCAACAGCUGCCACACCCUGUACGUGUACGGCAUUGUCGACGAGCAGCUUGAAAAGCUCCACGACAUUAACCUCCCCAAGGAGGAGCGGCCCAAGGGGGUGACAAUCCACAACCAGGAGGCGUUGCUGAUGAUGGCCAAGCUGCCCGAGGAAGAGCGCCAGGUGCUGUCGCUGCCACGCUCGGAGUUUGUCGAGUACGAAGUUGUCCUCCAGAGCAUCCCACUGUCAGCCCAGCCCCAGGGGGCGUGCACGCUUCAGAGCCUGCUGGGUCAGGCCGCCGCCAAGUCGUCUGCUUCGCUCGACAGCGCCGUCUCAGACCCCAUCGCCAGGUAUGGCCGCCUACGGAGGGAUUCAUACAGACGGGACAAUCUGGCGGCCGAAAGGUACAGCAGGACCCCGCAGGGUCCAGCAUCAACGGCCAGCUCGAGCCACCUGCUAGCCGGUGCAGGUGAGCUGAACCGGUGCGAUCCCGCCGCUACCAUGACCUGGCCCCGGGGCCUUCUGGGUGAUCUCAAGAGUCACCUACAGGCAUCGGCUGCACCCCCACCACGGCCGUCAUCGUCGGCAACCAGCGAGAGCCACCUUGCCCACCGGGCCCAGGCAAGACGUUCGGAUCCAACUCCACUGGUUGAGGACCUGACAAGCCUGCUGCACUUUCAUGAGGCCGGCAGAAGUGCAGAUCCCCCGCCGGCCAACGACCUCCUCGAUCUGUCAAGCCUCCUGUCGGGCGGCGGCCUUUCCUCUUCCGAGUUGCUCGUGGGCCGGAACUUCGAGGAGCUCGACGGGGACGUUGGUGGCCGCCUCGGCGGGGGCUUCCACGAGGAGUUCUUCAAGAAGUCCUCCGGCACUGGUGAUGGGGUACGCCAGGACAUUGGCGGCACCCCUCGCACUCCCAUGGCGGCACCGGGAGGCGGCUCGCACACGCUGCCGCGUGCUGCCGAACAUGCGGCGCCCGCUGCAGCAACAACUAGCACACUCGGCUCGGUGGCCUCACGCCUGGCAGGCCUCGAAGGCUGCCUGGCCGCACUGGGCCGAAGCCAGAGCCGCGAACUGCAGGAGAUCAAAGGGGAGCUAUCCGCUAUCCGCCGCCUUCUGAUCUCAGUCCUGUUCCACGUGCUGCCAGAGGAAGCGAGGAGUGACGCCGUUGCCAAGUACACGUGAGCCGAGACUUACGAAAGUAGUUAUUUCGGCACCCCGCAAUGCGCCCAACGUUGGCCACGGGCAGAGAGUUAAGCGAAGAGAGCUCCAACCGCGAAACACGCGAAGGUUUAUCGCUGUCCAUGUUUUGGUAGUCGGGCACAGACGACGCGAGAAAGCUCCAGGUCUGAAGGCGUACCUAGGUGACGUGCUGCCGUAGACCUGUCUCGACAUCAGUGCCGGCCGCAGCCGGACCUUGCGUGGCGAGAUGCUACCCACCAGCAACCCCCCCGUACCCCGGCAACUAUCUUAUGCGCAGUUUGUGGUUGCAGGCUGGCUUCAAACUGUGAGUGAUGUGCUGUGCCGCGCGUGUGCAAUGCUCGUGCUUGACUGAAAGGCUUUAGACUGGGAUCUGCUCUGUUCCACUACGUGUGGCUGACGGACGUUGUCUACUUUCUAGGUGGUUGCAUUGGUGACAAGUGUGCUUUCUUUUCUUUCUCCGCCUGUGCCACAGAUGUUCCUUUUUCAAAUGCUGAGACUUUGCUUCCCGGAGUUUGUGCGAAUGAUGUGCAUUUCAUUGCUCGUGCAGUCACAGUAUACAGUGUGCAGUUUAGUGUGUCGCAUUAAUUUUGUACGAGCCUACGCAAUACUAAUAUGAAAGGCGGAUUUCUUC